AUAGCUCCAAGAGAGAGAGAGAGAGAGAGAGAAAGAGAGAGAGGGAGAGAUUGGAGAAGAAGGAGAGUGGGUUUAGGGGUCUUCGCUAUUCGUUCUUCUCUUGAUUCAAUCGCGGGAUUCCAAUCCUUGUUUGCAUCCUUGAGAGCUUGAGGAUUCGAUCGGAGAGGUGUUGAACGGCCGGGGAUGGAGGCGGAGGCGGAAGCGGUGCCGGAAAUGAAGAAAGAGGUCCCGGAACAGGAGGAAAUCGUUUACAAGACAAAGGUCGUCGAGUUUUGUGGACGCUCUACUCCGAUCGUUCUUCAGAACGAUAACGGGCCUUGCCCUCUCCUCGCUAUCUGCAACGUUUUGCUGUUGCGGAAUAAUCUUAGUCUCAGUCUUGAUGCUUCGGAGGUUUCGCUGCAGAAGUUGCUUUCCCUUGUGGCGGAACGUUUGAUUGAUUCUAACAGCAAUGUUCAGGACAAGGAUGAGGAGUAUGUGAACAAUCAACAACAGAAUAUAUCUGAUGCUAUUGACCUGCUUCCUAGGCUUGCCACGGGCAUUGAUGUGAAUGUGCAUUUCAAGAAGAUUAAUGAUUUUGAGUUUACACCAGAAUGUGCGAUAUUUGAUCUCCUUGAUAUUGGUCUGUAUCAUGGGUGGAUAGUUGAUCCACAGGAUGCUGAUACUGCAGAGGCAAUUGGGUCUAAGUCUUACAAUACAAUUGUUGCCGAACUUGUUGCCUUUGAAACAGAAAAGCCAGAGGGAGAAAGAAGCCAGAAUAAGCAGGAUGAAGAUUUUGUAGAUUUUGCUGCUGCAACUACUGCAACUUUAGGGGUUCCCUCACCAUCCAUUUCCAGAGCAAGAUCUUUUGAUGACACUCUGGUCCCUGCCCCUUCUGAUGGCAGAGAAAGAAAAGGUGACCUUGAAGAAGCAGAGGAGUUGAUGAGAGUCUUGAAUUUGUCAAGGACUGAAUUGAGUGGUAACACUGAUUUACAUAGACCACCUGAUACUGCUCUGAAUUUUUUUUCAACCAAUUAUGCGGGAAAUCAACAUACUAAGUGUUCUGAAUAUGAGAUUGAGAAUGUUUUAUUAAUGGCACAAGAUGGAGAUGGACCAAAAGAUUCCUUGCUACCAGAAGUCAUUUUGACUCAAGAAUGCACAGCAUCUAUUGAUUGCAAAUCCAAUAGCUUAUCACCCAAUAUUAUUUCAACAGAUUCAGAUGCUAUCUCUUCCAUGGUUUCUGUUCAGAGCAGCAGGUGUGCGUUAAUCUCUGAAGGAUUUGGAGAUAAUUCGGAUCCGAACAAUUUGAGUGGGAAUGUUAGAACUGAUAUAUCCAUUCAUAAAGAAGCUCCACCUGCGGAUGAAUGCUUUGCUAACAAAGAUCAAACACCUGUAAAGAGUCGAUGUACCUCUCAGGAAUCCACUGAGGACAUCUCUAUACCUCAAACCCACUCUAACACUGUUGAUAAUCUGAUUGACUCUGGCAUGACAGUCCCUUCUAUUGCAUCUGCACCCAAUACAGAUUCCUGUGUUUCUAUUGGAAGAGAAGAGUCUGUUGAUGCUUCUGAGUGUGUCUCAAGCCUUGAAGACAGUGAACCUAUAUAUGAAGGAGAAGAAUGCAUCCUCGAUUCUCAACAUUCUACUUUUGAAGAUCGGGAGCCAGUCUAUGAAGGUGAGAUUAUUCUCGCUGAACAAUCUGGAAAAAUAGAUGUUACCAGCUCUCAACAUUCCUUAGGUGAAGGUGUAGGUAAACAAUGGCAAUUGAUAAAGACCUUUCUGGAAAACAGUGCAAGUCAAUUGACCAUUUAUGGCCUGUUCUGCCUGCAAGAAGGUCUCAAGGAACGGGAGCUAUGUGUAUUUUUCCGUAAUAAUCAUUUCAACACUAUGUUUAAGUUCAAUGGUGAACUGUAUAUAUUGGCUACUGAUCAAGGCUACCUAAAUCAACCUGAUUUAGUUUGGGAAAAACUAAAUGAGGUGAAUGGAGAUACUGUGUUUGUGACUGGAUCCUUCAAGAAGUUUAAUGCUGAAAAUCAAGCCAGAGAUCCAUGGAAUGAGCAGAAUGCAAGGAGUAGUACUGCUGACUAUAUUGCCUCUUUGGAAGCUUCAGAUCCAGCUGGUUCUACUUUAAACUCUGAUCUGCAACUGGCAAUUGCACUUCAACAGCAAGAAUUUGAACAACAGCCUCCACGCCAACAGCAACAGCAGCAGCAGCAGCAAAACCAGCAACAAUCUGUCAGUUCUCGCCCUAGACUUGUUACUGGGCCUCAGGUGCCAAGGAGCUCUAAUUCUUCACAAAGGAGUGAAUCCAAACCAAAAGAUAAAUGCAUUCUCAUGUGAACAGAUAUUGACAUUGUAAAUGAUUGUGCAUGCUUUGUUUUGUUUUAUUUUGGUUUUUUUUUCUAAGGAUCAGUUUUGUUGUAAAUAUUUUUCUUUUUACAGAUGUUCAUGAUAAUAAUUUUCUAGCACAUUCCA